AGAGUCAAGAAUUCAAAGGUCUUUUGGUUACUUUGAACCCCCACUCACCUCAAGCGCUCAAACAAUGAUUCCAAAAGAUGAAAAAGUUUAUAAAAGAGCGAAUCUUUCUUUCAUUCUAACUCCCAUGCACAAAGUAUUCAUGAAGAACAUUUGAUACACUUUAAUAAACUUUAACGUCUAAUGAUGAAAAUAUUUUGCAGGUCUCCUUGAACUACUCAAGCAUAAGAAUUGUAAUCUAUUCACAUAAGAAAAACAUUACAUAUUUUCAUUAAAUCAAGAGUUGUUUAUUGCGCUUAAACAAUCCCAAUUUUUAUGAAAAUAACAAACAAGGACACCAAGACAUAAACAAUCACUUUAUAACGAAUCUUAAGAGGAUUGCUCAGUUGAUUUCUUCCCGUUGGCAAUUGAAUGACGAAAUUGAUGGAGAGACGUUGGAGGAGUUAUGCAAUUGACUUGGGCGUUAGCUUCUUGCGUCAUUCUCCAGGGUAUGCGCUGAGCAUUGCAAUAUAUACUCUUAAUCAAGUUCCAACCAAGGCGGUUGAAGGAACACCAUACCAGCUAUGGACGGGCAAAUGCCUGGUUCUGUCACACUUAAAGAUUUGGGGCUAUGAGGCUUAUGUCAAACGUCUUAUGACGAAUGGAAAGCUUGAGGCCAAGUCUGAUAAGUGUUUCUUCGUGGGAUACCCUAAGGAAACUCGAGGGUAUUCAUUCUAUCAACCUAUCGAUAAGAAGGUAUUCGUUGCUCGCAUUGGUGUCUUCCUCGAGAAGGAAUUUCUCUCCAAUGCAACUAGUGGGAGAAAGAUAGGGCUCGAAGAAAUACGAGACGACGAAGAAACUACCGCUUCGGUUCAGAAACAUGAGCUAGAGGAACAAACCGUUGUACCUCAAGAUGCUCAAGAUACAGAAGAACCCCGUAGGUCUAACCGGUUAUGCACACAUCCUGAAAGGUAUGGAUUCAUCCUAACCCUGUGAGGGUGACGUAAUGUUUAUUGAGGCAAUCAGUUGUUCUGAGGCUGAGGAAUGGCGUCAAGCCAUGCAGUCCGAAAUGGAUUCCAUGUACACCAACCAAUUAUUAGAAUGAUAAUAAAUAAAUCUUAAAAAACGACUCGUUUUCCAAAAAAAGUUAAAAUCUCAAGAACAUAUAGUAAAAAAUUAUUUCCAACAUUAACAAAAUAAAUCUCCCAACUCUUGGAACCAACAAGUACAAUAAAAAUCUAUCACAAAAAUUUUGAGAAUACAUGUAAUACUUUUCACUUCACUAAAUUAAACAUUAGUAUUUUCAAAGUCUUCAGGUUAUCAGUGCAUCCACUUCAUUUUCAUAUGCAUCCUGAACUUGAACUGUUGCAUAGCCUUCUUAUUUACUUGGAUAUGUAAAUUAUUUGGCUUCAUCUUCGUAUGCAUGUACAUCAGCCUCAUCUUCGAAUCUGGAACAGAUAUGGAUCUAUAUUAGCCAAUCAUGUCCUCUUUUGGUACCAUUUCAUCGAAUGUAACAAUCUAAAAUAAAAAAAUGAUGAACCAGGUAGACAUUAAUCCCGUAUAUCAUGAGAAUUCAUAAAGGGAACACUAAAUCAUCUUGGUAAGUACAAUAUAAGAGAAAAUAAUUUACAUUCACAAAGUACAUAAAUAUGUAUUUAAAUAAAUAUGUAAGAUCAAGUCAUGAUAGAUGCAUAGAAAUAACAGAAAGCUAAUGAAGAUUAAUCAAUACAUAUUAAGAGGAAUUUUAAGAGGGGUGGCAAUAUGAUGACCCUGUUAUUUGACUACGUGCAAAAGUUCCAACGUAAAAAUGCAUUACCAUGUGCUUACAUAAACAAAUGAAGCAAAAAAAUCAACUACUCAUGAAGAAGAAAAGUGGUAAAAAAACAUCAAACAUUGGGUAAUGAACUAUAUGUUUAGGAAAAGUAUAAGUAGUUAAUUAAAAAUCAUUAGCAAACCCACACAAAAACUAAUUUAGAAAACACACUCCAAGAACCAGCACAUCAAAGUCGACUUAUAUGCUCAAAUUGCAUACAAAUUAUACAAAUGAAAUGACAAAUUAGAAACAUGUAUGUUUGACAACACAGAGUAUAUGUAAUUUUGAAGUAGUUCCGAUGGACAAUCUUCUGCUUGAACAUUAUUAAGAAUGAUGCAUCCACUCCGAGAAAUUGAAACCUCAAGGCUCAAACCUACAAAAGUUCUAACCAUACUCAUCAUGCUUUAUAAAUUGACAUGGAGUCCAUAGAAUAUGCACAAAGUGUUCUUACUAUUCACUAAAAUACUUACUAUAAUUCACAAAUCAGUCUAUAGUAUAUUAAAUAUGCACUGAAAAUACUUCGUAAUGCACUAAAGAUUUUACAUAUGUUUUUUAUGUUCAUCUAAAAAAAUUAAACAGUGAAAAGACCAUAAUAUAUCUGUGAAAAGUGUUGAAUGCAUCAUAAAAGGAUUGCAUAGCAGUAUAGAAAAUAGUAAUGCAAAAUAUCCUAAAAUUGCAGGUUGUAUAUAAAAAGGUCAAAUAAAGUGCAUCUUAAAGCUAUUGAAAAGUAAAUGUUGUAUAUUAUC